GCUGCUGUUCCGCGCCGAAGCACUGGUCUCCGAGGAGCGAAGAGACUCCCCUCGCUUUCGUCUCUCUCUCUCUCGCUCUUUGUCUUUCUCUCUCUUCCCCCCUGUGCCUCGUUGAAAAGGCGCAAACGGGAGCCCCGCUGCCAAGUGCAGGCUGCGGAGAGCCUCGAGGAGCAGUUGCGUCGGUGCCCAGCCCGGAUGAUCGAUCAUUCGGCGCCGAGCAUCCCGCGCAAGGACGACGCUUGGCAGGGGGUCGGCGAGGCGCAGGUGCGCGGGCUUCGAUCGUCGAGCGCGGGCUCAUGCGCAGUGGCUCGGUGGCGAGGCUGACUCCGGCCGAGAGCGAGCGAGCUGCUCGAAGCCGCGCGCAAGCUGGUUCGCGCGAUCGCACGGCGAGGUCGACAACGGCGCCGGCGACAGCGGCGACUACGCCAGGAGAAGGUGCGCACCCCUGGGGUCAGGCCAACGCCAAGCUGUUCCUCCGCAGCCGCAGCCCGUGCGGCGAGCGCGGCUUCGAGCAACAGCAGCACCUGGCCGACGGCGAGCGCUCGGCCGACGAGGCCGAGGGGCCGCCGGACUGCGAGCUGGGCACCAUGCCGGAGGCCGCUGCCGCUGGGGCCAUCGGGCUCCUCGGCGACGAGACGGACAACUCCACCUUCGAGAACAAGUCCGGCCUCGCCGAGGACAUGAAGUUCCUGGCGAGGAUGCCCGAGCUCUGCGACGUCACCUUCCUCGUGGGCGAGACCCGGGAGCCCGUCUGCGCGGUCAAGGCUGUGCUGGCCGCCAGGAGCAAGGUCUUCCACAAGAUGUUGUACACGGCGCCGAGUCCUCAGCGCAAGAAGGAGCCACCGCCCAAAGAGAACAAACUGAAGCUGUUCCUGAAGCGGAGCUCCGAGCCCUUGCUCAACUUGCAGAACGCAGCGCAACAGCGGUCAGGGUUCACGCAGCAGCUGGCGUCCAUUCAAGAGCCGUAUUACCACCACACGUUGGUUAUCGACGAGUUCGAGCCGGACGUCUUCCGCCAGCUGAUCGAGUACAUUCACACGGGAAGCGUGACCCUGCAGCCGCGCACCCUGCUCGGUGUGAUGAACGCCGCCGACUACUACGGGCUGGACGAGCUGCGACGUGCCUGCGCCGGAUUCGUGCAGUGCUGCAUCACGGUGGACACGGUGUGCGCCCUGCUGGCCUCCGCCGAGCGCUACAUCCAGUACAAGUGCACUAAAUCACUCGUGCAAAAGGUGCUGGAAUUCGUUGACGAGCGGGGCAAUGAGGUGCUCAAUCUCGGCUCGUUCACGCUGCUGCCGCAGCACGUGGUGCGCUUGAUUCUCGCGCGGGAAGAGCUGCGCGCCGACGAGUUCACCAAGUUUCAGGCCGCGCUAAUGUGGAGCAAGAAGUACUGCGACAGCAACCCCACGAUCGAUCUGAAAGAGGUGAUCAACAACUUCAUCGAGUACAUCCAGUUCCACAAGAUCCCGGCCAACGUGCUGAUGCACGAGGUGCACCCGCUGGGUCUGGUGCCGAACACCACCAUCGUGAACGCGCUGGCCUACCAGGCAGACCCGACAAGCGUAGACCCCGGUCAGCUGUCGCCGCAUCGGGUGCGCCGCCAGGGCCGCUCGAUGUCCGUGCAGUCGUCGCUGGAUCCGUACGGCAGCAGCGUCACGCUCAACUCGCUGGGCAGCGACGCCGGCUCCGGCAGCGACCAGCGCCAGCACAGCGUCGCCGCCUGCCUCGCCUGCCACCAGUCGACCGCCGGCUCCGGCGCCGAGUCGCUCAGCAUCGAGGAGGAGCCACCGUCCGCCGAGGACGACGAGGUCGCCGCCGUGCUCAACCGGCGCAUCCUCGUGCGGGCCGACGUCGAGCUGGUCACCUCGCCGCCCAGUCCCGUGGUCGAGCCGCCGACGCCCACGCCGCCGCCGCCCCAGCCGCCUGCCACCCGCGCGCCCGACAGCACGGGCCUCUACAUCAGGAUGGUGCUCAGGCAGGAGGGCAGGCUCAGCAACCACGUCUGGCUCUACAAGACGCACAAGUUACCGAAAAUUGAUUGGUGGUACAGCGAAACGAUGGUGCGGAUGAAAGAGAGGGAGGCGCUGAUUCGGACCACCUACUAUCUGAUGCCUGGCCAAACCCUCGAAAAUACCAAAGUUUCAGAGCGAGCACUGGCGCUAAUCGUGCCGAAAGCCGCGUACGCGCGCAUCCAGGAGUGCGCGUACGAGAAUGACCGAGCGGCGUUGCUGGCGGAACGCGAGGCGAAGCGCCUGGCCGACCUGAAAAAAGCGUCCUACGAGAUGUCCAAGGCCUGGGAGGACACCGCCGAGAACAUCCAGCGACGAAGGAAAGAGGAGCUGCUGUCACGGAGAAAGCUGGAGGAGGCAGACAGGCUGGAAUUUAUGAGGCAGAUGGCUGCCAAAAACGCGCAAGAACGUGCCGAGGUUGUGAAGCAGGCCAGAGAGAUGCUGCUGUACAGGAAGCCUCAAUGCAGACUUAUAAAUCGAGCAUUACUCACCUCGGAGGUUUUCAGGGAACUCAACGAGCAGACCAAGUUUCAGAACUCGAUCAAGCAUUUGAAUGAGAAUAUUGACAAGGAGUUUGCCGAGCGCGUCGCGCAGGAUAUCGAUAAGUUCCAUCGGGAGGAGAGAGAGAAGCGAGAGACCAGAAUGAAAAAAUUGAAAGAUCAUCAACAAGAAAUACUCGAGCAGAUCGAGCAGAACAAGAAAACGACAAAGAAGCUCCAAGAGUCAUCGAGGCAAUCCGAAAUUGAAGAUCAAGCGAACAUGACGAGGGAAAUUAAGGAAAUCGAGGAAAGGGAGUCGCGCGACGCUCUGCGCAAAAAGGAACAGCUGAGCAAAAUCUUCCUGGAGGCAAUCGAGGAGAAGCGUGAGUACGAGCGAAAGCUUCGAGAGGAGGACGAAUUCCAAAACAGAAAUAUAGCGAUCUACAACGAGAUGAAGCGCGAGAUGGAGAAGAUGAGCAAAGAGAAGGCGCUAAUCGCUCGCCAGGAAAAAGCGCGGAAGGUCGACUCUCUCGCUCGCAAGCUCGCCGAGAGAAUCGCAGGCAGGCGACGGCUGGAGAAGGACGAAGAUGAAAAAACGAGGAGGAUGGAGGACGCGCAAAAGGCCGAGGACGUUUCGCGGUUAGCCGAGCAGCGGCUGAAGCGAGAGAAAGUGCGGCAGGAGGCGCAGCGACAAAUGAAAAGCCUGGAGGACCAGCAGCGGAAACGCAAGCUCGAACGGGAUGAGCUUAAGCUCUGGGACACGCUGCAGCGGUACAAACGCGACGAAUUCGAUCGCGAGUGGAACGUGCAGAUGCGCGAGCAAGAGCGCAAUAAGCGCUUGGACUACGGCGGCGUGCUCAAGAAGCAGAUGGCGGAAAAGAACGCGCAGCGGAAAAAAGCCGAGAUUGAAGCGGACGAUUCCGUGCAAACAAAAGAGACGAUCAACAAAGCCAACGAGAAGGUUUUGGCUUACGCGGAAUCCAUUCUCCGAGAGUCGCGCGGUGUUCGCCCGACUUUCCCGAUUGAAAAGGCCAUCGAGCAAUUCAAACGAGACGUCGGCUUGAUACCAUUCAGGAGGGCCGUCGAGUCGGAGGUAGUCCAGGAGAUGCCGAGGAGACGACGACAGAAAAGAGCCGUUUGCCCGCCGAGCGCCAAUGACGAGAGCGCCUUCGUCUUCGCCUAACGCUUGUACGCUGCGGCCAAUAAAAACGAUUUGCACUCUGCACGCGCCUUUUCAUUCGUUCGCGCGACUGUCGUUCGUUUAUUUGCUGGGUGCGCGUCGCAAACACGUGAGCACCGACGAGCAGGUUAA